UUGGCCUAAAAUUACCCUAACACCCCAACCCCUCUUCCCAACACAAAAAAAAUUAUUUCUUUCGAGUCGGGCAUAUGUCAAGUUAUGUUUUUAUGAGAUACCCAGUUCCCCAAUUUCAAAAAUUUAACAACUUUCUAUAACAAUAGCUUGAAAAUCAGUUUAUAUUUGCUUGUGGAGACCUAAUUUCAUCAUUAUAAAGGCGAUUCUUUUAUAAUCUGUGCUACUGCAGGAUACCCAUUAAAGCUCAGGUCUGAUUGUUGCUCCUUUAGUGAAGUAAUUUAUAGAUUUUUUUUAUGGUUUGUUUUAUCUAUUUAUAGGCCAUAUACAUCUAUAGGUUACAUAUGUGUUGUAUAAUGCAGAGGUGUUGAAUUGUUUAGGAUUUUGAUAAAAAAGGGGUUUAGUUUUGUUUAAUUUUUUGUAUAGUGAGGUGUGAGUGAAUGCUUCGAUUAGUAUUAUUGUAAUGGAAUGUGGUGGUAAUGAAAGUGGAUCAAAUAAGGGGAUGUUAGAAAUUGGGAUAGGUAACGAAAUCGGGCUAGAUAAGGAAAUUGGGCUAGAUAAGGAAAUCAGGUUAGGGUUUGAUGUGAAUUGCGGUGGUAGUGGGAAGGAAAUUAGGGUUGAGAAAAUGGAUGUGGAGAAAGUAGGGAAAAAGAAAAGAUCGGUUGAAGUGAAAAAUGGGAUUGGUUCGGAAGAUGAGGAUGAGCCGAUUGGAUCGAUGUUUAAGGUGAAAAGUAGACGGAAUCCUAAGAAGGUGAAGGUGGAAAGGGAUGGAGGUGUUGUAGAUAAGGUUAAGAAGGUGGAAGUUGUUGGUGGUGAAGAUCGGGAUUUUGGUGGUAUGGAUGAUACAUUGGCUUUUUUUAAGAAGAAGUUGAAGGGACCGAAGAAGGAUUCUGGUUUUAGUACAAUUAAAGGGAGUGAUUUGGAUGUCAAUGUGAAGAUGGAUUGUGAUGUUAAGUUGACGAUGGCGACAAAAGGAAAGAGUGUUUGUGAAGAUGGAGUUGUUGAGAAUGUGAAGAAAGGGUUGAAAAGUAGCGGUAAAGAGAAAGUCAAGAGAUCUAGAAUUAAGACAUUGAAGAAGGCGGCUUUGGGUGAAAAUGUGAUGCAGAACGUUAAAGAGGGUAGUUUAGAAAAAAAGAAGAGGCCCAAAAGUAAGUCGGCUAAGAAGGAGGCUUUGGGUGGGAAUUUGGGACAAAAUGAUAGAGUGGGUACUUCGGACGACCAUUUAGAAGAUUCAUUAUCUGCUUUUCUUCUCAAGGCACAAUCUGGUUCGCAGAAAUCUCGGAAAACCGUCAAACAGAAGCAGGUUCAGACAACUCCAGCUUGUAUUGAUGGAAUGGAUAAAACAUUUAAUAAUGAUCCAGUGCACAAAGCGUGCACUGUUCCAUCUUUAACGGUUAAGAUUGAAGAAAAUGAAAAAUUAGCAGACGGAACUAUUAAAGAUUCAACUGAAUAUAAUGUUGAAGAGGAUGAGUUGAAAGUUUCAACUUCUGCAAUAGCAAAAUCGGUCCAUGAUUUUUCUGAGGUUGAUGUUCAGGGAACAAAGGUGGAAGCUUCAUGCUCUGACCAUGAGAACAGGCCAACUGUCGGGUUCAUAAUUAGCCCUAAGUUAGACACAGACCAAAAGAUUUCUCCAAGCUUGCUAGCCAACAACGAAGAUAUGAACCAGAGCUCAUACCCUGUUGGUGAGGUCAUCUUGGAACAGGAUCAAAAUGGCUCCCUUAGUCCUCAACCCAGUGAUUGUGACCAUGAAUUUAUUUCAGUUUCUUCACAAAAGGAGAAUGCAUCAGCAUCCAACGGUAGGUUAUCUCCAGUGUUAUUAACGGAAUGUGAUAAAUAUGAAAAUGGGGAUCAACAUGAAGCUUCUUCAAGUGACUCUGGAUCCAUGUCUGAUCAUGAAACAAAAUCCGAUAAGAAAUCAGCUGGCAAACGUAUCAUACGGCAGGCUAAAAGGCACAGGCAGGAAGAUAUGGCUUAUGAGGGAGAUGCUGAUUGGGAGACACUGAUAUAUGAACAACAUUUGUUUGCGAAUCAUCAAGAUGGAGACAAGUAUCAGCCAACUAAAACAAAGGGAAAACUCGAUUUCUUGCAAACUAUCUCUUUGGAGGCAGAAAAUGGUGGGGUUGCAGCUGUUUCAGUUGGAUUAAAAGCUCGUGCUGCAGGUCCCGUUGAGAAGAUGAAGUUUAAGGAACUAUUGAAGCGUAAAGGCGGGCUUCAAGAAUAUAUAGAGUGCAGAAAUCAUAUUCUACAUCUUUGGAACAAGGAUGUAACUCGGAUAUUACCUUUAUCAGAGUUUAAAAUAUCCGAUACAGCUAUAGAAAAUGAACAUCCACAAGCUUCUCUAAUUAGGGAUAUUUACUUGUUUCUGGACCAUUAUGGUUACAUAAACUCUGGAGUUGCUUCUAUAAAGGAGAUGUCAAAUGGGGGCGUGAAGCCCAAUUUUAGGCUUUCAGGAGAGGAGAAUGAUGGCCGAAAAUCUGGAGCUCCGGUUACCGAUUUGGAUGACGGAGUUUCCUUUAUUCUUGGCAGGGCCAAAAGCUGUGAUGUAUUGAUAUCUGAAAAUGAUGCGGCAACAGAACAUCCAGAUGUGAUUGUUCACAAAGAUGAGGGCGUUCAUGUGCCUGAUCCACCUGGCAAAUGCCUAGAAAUGAUCUGCCAUAGUGAAAAUUUACCAGAGUCUUCUGGUACUAGAGUAGCGAAUUCAGCUGGUCAAAAGGAGCCGACUGUGUGUUUGCAGUGUGAUGAUUCAGAAACAAGAAAGAAAAUUAUAAUAAUUGGAGGGGGUCCAGCUGGAUUAACAGCUGCUCGGCACUUGCAGCGUCAGGGUUUCCAUGUGACUGUGCUGGAGGGGCGAGAUAGAAUUGGUGGUCGCGUAUAUACAGACACGUCAUCCCUUUCAGUGCCAGUAGAUCUCGGGGCUAGCAUUAUCACAGGUGUUGAGGCUGAUGUCACUUCCCAAAGACGACCCGACCCAUCUUCAUUAGUUUGCGCACAGUUGGGCCUUGAACUGACUGUUUUGAACAGCGAUUGUCCUCUCUAUGACACUGUUACAGGCCAUAAAGUUCCUUCUGAUGUGGAUGAAGCUCUCGAGGCUGAAUACAAUAGCCUACUUGAUGACAUGCAAUUAGUUGUAGCCCAAAAGGGCGAUCGUGCAAUGAAAAUGUCUCUCGAAGAAGGUUUAAAGUGUGGACUUAAAGUUCGGCGUGGAAGAUCUGAUAAAACUAGUGCCGGUGAGAUCUUGAAUCCUCUUGAAAGGAGGGUCAUGGAUUGGCAUUUUGCUCAUUUAGAAUACGGCUGUGCGGCUUCACUACAAGAAGUAUCUCUUCCAUGUUGGAAUCAAGAUGACAUAUAUGGAGGAUUUGGUGGUGCCCACUGUAUGAUUAAAGGUGGUUAUGGUGCGAUUGUUGAUUCGCUUAAAGAUGGACUUCAUAUCCACCUCAACCAUAUGGUUACUGACAUUUGCUAUGAAUCACAAAAAAAGGUCAAAGUGUCCACAGCAAAUAGCAAGGAGUUCACAGGAGAUGCAGUUUUGAUCACUGUGCCACUAGGCUGUUUAAAAGCCGAAACCAUAAAGUUUUAUCCACCAUUACCUGAAUGGAAGUACUCUUCCAUCCAAAGACUUGGUUUUGGUGUACUCAACAAAGUUGUUUUGGAAUUCCCCGAAGUAUUUUGGGAUGACUCAGUUGAUUACUUUGGAGCUACUGCAGAAGAAACCGAUCAGAGGGGUUGGUGCUUCAUGUUUUGGAAUGUCAGGAAAACGGUUAAUGCACCUGUUCUUAUAGCAUUAGUGGUCGGAAAGGCAGCCAUCAAUGGUCAAAAUUUAACCUCAUCCGACCAUGUAAAUCACGCAUUAGUGGUUCUUCGAAAGCUUUUUGGGAACAGUGCGGUACGUGAUCCAGUUGCAUCUGUGGUUACAGAUUGGGGACGCGACCCUUUCAGCUACGGUGCUUACUCAUAUGUUGCUGUUGGGGCAUCCGGUGAAGACUAUGACACAUUGGGUCGGCCCAUCAACAACUGUUUAUUCUUUGCUGGUGAAGCCACGUGCAAGGAACAUCCGGAUACCGUUGGUGGUGCAAUGAUUAGUGGGAUGCGGGAAGCGGUUCGUAUAGUUGAUAUACUAACUACAGGAAAUGAUUUUACAGCAGAAGUAGAAGCUAUUGUGGCUGCAAAGAGGCAUUCUGACAGUGAAAGGAGUGAAGUUAGGGACAUUAUUAGAAGACUUGAUGCUAUCGAACUCACAAAUGUUCAUAAAAACUCUUUGCUACAGAAUAUGUUUUUUAGUGCGAAGAGUCGAUCCGGGAGGUUGCAUCUUGCUAAAGAGCUAUUGAAUCUUCCUUCUGAUGUUCUUAGAUCUUUUGCUGGAUCUAAAGAAGGGCUCGGUGUUCUCAAUUCAUGGAUGCUGGAUUCAAUGGGGAAAAAUGGGACCCAACUGUUGCGACAAUGUGUUCGUCUUCUUGUGCGUGUAUCUACGGAUUUACUUGCUGUCCGUCUUUCAGGUAUUGGUAAAACUGUGAAAGAGAAGGUUUGUGUUCAUACAAGCCGGGAUAUACGUGCUAUAGCGAGCCAGCUUGUUAGUGUAUGGGUUGAGAUAUUCCGAAAGGAGAAGGCGUCUAAUGGCGGUUUGAAGUUAUUGAGGCAAUCAAGUGCUGUAGAUGCUUCUAAAAGCAGAUCUCAUGCUGCUUCAGGGAAACCGCCUCUGCGUGCUCAUCUUACAUCAUCCGAGAAUAGAGCUAUGAAGGGUGUAUCUGUAAGCUCAUAUAAUCGAAAAGGGAAUGCUGCAGCUGUAACAAAGGCUGAAAAUAGACCAUCUAGUUCUCAAGGUUCAGCAGGAAGGCAAAAUUGUCAGGAGGAAGAUUACAUAGAUUUACCAAUGUCCGAAGAGGAACAAGCUGCUUUUGAUGCUGCAGAAGCCGCUCGUGCUGCUGCACUUGCAGCUGCCGAGGCAUAUGCAUCAUCUGGUGCCAAGAGCAGUACUCCCUUUCAGCUGCCAAAGAUACCAUCUUUUAACAAGUUCGCAAGACGGGAGCAGUAUGCACAAAUGGAUGAGUCUGAGUACCGAAAGAAGUGGGCUGGCGGUGUUACAGGGCGUCAAGAGUGUAUAUCUGAAAUCGAUUCUAGAAACUGUAGAGUAAGAGACUGGUCAGUCGAAUUUUCUGCGGCAGGAGUCAACCUUGAGAGUUCAAAAAUAACGGGUGAUAAUCGCUCACAGCGGAGCCACUCGAAUGAAAAUGCGGGCCCGGUGCAUUACAGAGAGCACUCAGGUGAAAGUGCAGGCAUUGACAGCAGCAUAUUUACAAAAGCAUGGGUUGAUAGUGCAGGUAGUGAAGGGUUAAAAGACCAUAGUGCCAUUGACAGAUGGCAAACUCAAGCGGCUGCUGCUGAUUCGGAUUUCUUCAAUAGGACUAAUUAUUUAAUGGAUGAAGAGGAUUCAAAUAUGAGCCUAAAACCGUCAAUUAACAGGCAUGAUGGUUUGGCGAAUGAGAGCUCGGCUUCUCAAGUUACUGUGAACAGGGAGUUAAUGGGUAACCAACCCCGAGGAGUAGAUAAGAUUAAAAAAUCUGUUGUUGAUUAUGUGGCAUCACUUCUUAUGCCUCUUUAUAAAGCAAGAAAAAUUGACAAAGAAAGUUACAAAUCGAUAAUGAAGAAAACAGCCACAAAGGUUAUGGAGCAGACUACAGAUGCAGAAAAAUUAAUGGCUGUAUUUGAGUUUCUUGAUUUUAAGCGCAAAAACAAGAUAAGAGCAUUUGUGGACAGGUUAAUCGAGAGGCAUAUGGCUAUGAAGACAGAUGCCAAAUCUGGAUGUUCCUGAAGAUCAGCCUGUGAUAUCUCUUUGUUCACAACUUAUAUGACAAAUAUAAUCUUAAGCUGCUGUUGGACUCAUAUGUUCAUCCACAUUUUAUAAGCCCUCAAAAAGUCACCAAAAGAGAAGUGAAACGAAAGAGAUGUUGUGUUAGAGUCACAUACACCAUCAAUAGUGGAAGUUAUCUCUCCCUUUUAGUAUGGGUUCUUUGCAGUUCAAAAUGUAAUCUAGUUAGGAAGUGAAAACCCAUUUUCUGUCUUUUACAGAAACGUUAGAACAAAUUUUCCCUUUAUCUUUCAUGAAACCUGUACAGGUUAGAUUGACCUUGUGGCAACAAAGAUUAUACAAGACAAUUUUCUCAGAAAAGAAACUUCCUUUUUGUU